AAAAACUCUCGCGAAACUAGUGGGAGCGAAAGGGGGAGGCGAGGAAACCCUAGCGCGCAGGAGCUCCGAGAAAUCUCGACAAAGAAUGUCUGUAGUAUUGUUCGAUUAAUGUUUUAGGGUAUUGAGAUUCUGCAUAAAAUUCAAGAAGGGAAAGAAGCAUAGAGUAGUCAAGGAGGCUAUUUCCUGUCAGAAGGGGGAGGAAGGUGUUGGUGGUUGUGCUUGUGGUGGUGGAUUGGUUGGUAGUGUUGCAGAUUGGUGGUGGCCUGUGUUGUUGAGAAGAAAGUUUGAAGAUGAGUGAAAGCAGCCGCAGCCCUCCAAGGGACCGUAAGAUGCGCACAGAGCGCUACUCAUACCGUGAUGCACCAUACAGGAGGGAUAGUCGUCGAUAUUCCAGGCGAUCUGAUUUGUGCAAGAAUUGCAAGCGACCUGGUCACUAUGCAAGAGAAUGUCCCAAUGUGGCUGUCUGCAACAACUGUAGUCUUCCUGGGCACAUUGCAGCAGAGUGCACUCAGAAGACCCUGUGCUGGAACUGCAAAGAACCUGGCCAUACAGCAGGCAAGUGCCCCAAUGAGGGUAUAUGCCACACUUGUGGCAAAGCUGGCCAUCUUGCAAGGGACUGUCCAAAUCCUGAAGUUCCACCCGGUGAUUUGAGGAUCUGCAACAACUGCUAUAAGCAAGGCCACAUUGCUGCUGAUUGCACCAACGAGAAGGCUUGUAACAACUGCAGGAAGACUGGUCAUCUUGCUCGUGACUGUCAGAACGAACCAAUGUGCAACCUCUGCAACGUUUCUGGGCACGUGGCCAGGCAGUGCCCCAAGUCUGAUGUACUCGGGGAACGAGGUGGUGGUGGUGGUGGUGGUGGUGGGCAUUACCGUGGUGGAUUUCGGGAUAUCAUUUGCCGUAAUUGCAACCAAGUUGGUCACAUGAGUCGAGAUUGCAUGGGCCCUCUUAUGAUCUGCCACAACUGUGGUGGCCGUGGUCACCUGGCAUAUGAAUGCCCAUCGGGCCGGUUCAUGGAUCGCAUGCCCCGGAGGUAUUGAGGUCUAAAUGAGCACAAAUCAUAUCUCUUGAUAUUUACCUCUUAAAAGUUGCAGAAUGAAAAUUUUCUAAAACCUCCAGGAUUUAUUGGAUUUCCUGCAUUUCUGUUUUUUUUUUUUAUUUCUCCUUUUGAAACAUCUUUUGUUCUAUGACUUAUGCUACCUAAGAUUCUAUGAUGGGUUCUUAUGGACAUUUGGUUCAUUAUGGUUUUAAUUGGGGUUUGAGUUUGUGAA